GGAGACGAGAAGCAUGAGGGGAGCAGAUUUAGAAAAUUUAAUGUCCGAACAAACAGCGGUGUUGUGGACACAGCAGAAGAGAAACAGGAAGUGUUCAGACACUCACAGAGAAGAUGUAAAGAUCUCCAUGUGUCAGCACUCUGUUCUUUCAAACAUCUCCCAACUCCGUUCAAGCAAUGCCCACAAGGAUGAAGCGGACUACAAUAGCUCUCCUGUGUCUGUUCCUUAUUCUGGUUGGGAUCAACAUUUCACAGGCCGGUACAAAAGGAAAGCUUGGUGGAGUGAUAAAACUUUUUAAGAAGCCUUCUACAACCAAGCCUAAAGCUACAAUCAUUAAGGAGUCAAAAAAGCCCACACAAACCAACCAAGGAAGCUAUCCUCGACAACCAGGAAGCUACCCUCAACAACCAGGAAGCUACCCUCAACAACCAGGAAGCUACCCCCAACAACCAGGAAGCUACCCUCAACAACCAGGAAGCUACCCCCAACAACCAGGAAGCUACCCUCAGCAACCAGGAAGCUACCCCCAACAACCAGGAAGAUACCCUCAACAACCAGGAAGCUACCCUCAACAACCAGGAAGUUACCCUCAACAACCAGGGGGUUACCCUCAACAACCAGGAAGCUAUCCUCAACAACCAGGGGGUUACCCUCAACAACCAGGAAGCUACCCUCAACAACCAGGAGGUUACCCUCAACAACCAGGAAGUUACCCUCGACAAUCAGGAAGCUACCCUCAACAACCAGGAAGCUACCCUCAACAACCAGGAAGUUACCCUCAACAACCAGGAGGUUACCCUCGACAACCAGGAAGCUACCCUCAACAAUCAGGAGGCUACCCUCGACAACCAGGGGAUUACCCUUACCCCGCAGGCUAUCCUCAGCAGCCAGGGUACCCUGUUAGGAGCUAUCCGGUUGGUGGUCAUCCACCACAGGGCUCCCCAUAUGGAGGACAUCUUGGAACAUAUGGAGGUUACCCAGGUGGAUACAUAAACUACAACCCUAAUAACAAAAUUCUGAGCCCUCAUUAUGGUGGCAGCUUUGGUUAUGGGGGCUAUGGCGGCGGUGGUGGCUCUCCCUUUUCUCACUCUGUGAAUGCAAUGGGAUACGCACCCUCUGAUAAGUCCAGAGGUUUUGGGCGCACUGCAGUAAUGGCGGCUGCAGGUGGGGCGAUGGCAGGAAUGGCCCUGGGAUAUGGGUUAGGAAGGUUCCCUCGUCCCGAUUUCCAAUUUCACAGCCGAGAACAAGAGUAUUUUUACAACUACUACAUGUACAAGAAAUACGGUGUCCAGUCAACUGAUGGAAAUGAUUACAGCAGAGACUACACAUACAGUCAAAGCGCUCAGGGUUUUGAUAAGUUCAUGACAUCUUGCAUGAAGAGAACAGACCUUCUGCCUGUGGAGAACAGAAAGCAACAAAAUAAACCUCUUACUCCCAUUACGAUGACAACAAAAAUCUCUUCUGUAAAAACAACUACUGCUGCUACAGUUACUGCCAUCAGCAGCAAUUCUACAAAUGUAAACAGAACAGACCAAAAUCCUUCCCCCCCUGGACUUUUAACACCGAGCCCUCUAAAUGCAUCUGAGGUCAAUCCGAUAACUCCAGCUUCAGUAGUUCAUGACAAUAAAACAGUAGACACUGUAGAGACUGGCUCCUUAGUUGCAAAUACCACAACUGUUGUUGCAACAGUUUCCGGACCUGGUCAUCCUUCUGGAAACAAUAAAACUUCUGCAGAGAACCCUCCUUCAGUUCCACACGUUCAAGAGAAGCCUGAAGUCGAGCCUUCACAGCUCCCGAAAAAGGAAGCUGCUGAUGACGAUGAAGACACAGUCAGCAUUGUAGAGAUCGGCUACCCAGCACUGAUCAAUCAGGUGAAAGUCAAACGAUGCACAGAGCUUUACGUCGUCCACACUGAAAGGCAAUUGAAGAAAAAGACAACAACAACCCCAACACCUCAAAGUGGAGCACAGAGACUACAGAUUGGUUUGGGAGAACAAUUAUCCGUGGUCACCAGCAUUAUACUGAUGAUACUGAACACUAACAUGCAGGACUUGCUGCACUGAGGCUUCAUUAACAGCGAGAAUGAUGAGGGAAGAACAACAUAGAGGAGCAUGACAAAGACUGUUGAUUGAAAAUCCCUAAAAUUAAUCUGGACUGAAAAUAUUGCUGUAAAGGUGUCUUCAAAGACAUUAUAUACUCAUAAACUCUUUUAAGGUGGUUAUAUAGAUUUGAAACUGGUAUGUAAAUGUAUUGAUUGAAUAUGAGAAUUGUUCUGAUGCAAGGAAAGUGCCAAGUGGAAAAGACUGAAUAUUGUAGUUAAAACAAAUAACUAUCAAUAGGUCAAGGUCAAGGUCAAGGUUUAUUUCUAUAGCACAUUAAAUACAGAAAACUCUGCCCAAAGUGCUGCCCAAAGUGCUGCACAUGUUGAUGUUGACAUCAAUAGUUACAUAGUGCACUGUAUUUGACAAAUGCAAUAGUUCAGCUGGUUACAAAAUACAUAAUUUGUGUAAUCAAGUAAGGGAAGCCAAGGCGAAGGCUGGGUUACUCAUAGAGCUGCAUUCAGACACAAGGCAGUUACAGAGAAAUCAAACAAAGAAAUGAAAUAUAGAAAAGCAUAUGAGCAUUAGAAAGGAGAUUAAAUUAAGUAUGGUAAAUGUUCAUUAAGCCUUUGGAUCAACUUUGUUUUAGAGGUCAGCAGUCUGACCUUAUAUUAAACAGCUGUGGGUUUGAAUCUGAGCCAGAGCUUUAAAAAAAGAAUGGCAUGUUCUCCCUGUGUCUGCAUGGAUUUUCCCCAAUUACUGCAAUGUGUGUGUGGUGACUCGCUAAAAUUAAAGAUUAUGCAUUGCACAUUGUGUUCCUCAUUAAGAAGUCAAAUGAGACUCACUUUAUGCGUUGCUGUCAGACAGUGCACUUGUGCGGCUCUUUUUAUGUUCUUUGCUGUAUUCAUUUACUUGUCUCCUUCCUUAUUUCCCUUCAAUUACUUUUCUUCCUCCUUCCUAUCCAGGGGCGGUUGUGAUCACAGAAAUAUAAAAAAACACAGAUGUCCUAAAAUAUAAAUCACAGUAUCAAACACAUGAUGUACUGAUGUCUAAAUGUACUCCUUCCCUAAUUCUGACAGCAGUAUCUGCUUCAUCUCUGUUUACUUUCACUGGAUGAGUAUUUUGAAAUCUUUAUGUUCAUAACAGCACACAGUUUGUUGUUGACAGGUUUUUGUACAGCUUUAUUUUCCUCUUCAUAAUCAGUUUGCCUAAACAUCCUGCAUUCAUUUAGGAAAAUAGUCUUCCUUUUAUUGUUUCCUGUGGGCUUGUGUAAUGUAAUAUUCAUUGUUUUCCGUUCAUAUUCAGACAUAAAUCAUGAAAUAUUAAAACAACUUUUUUUCUCCUGCUCUUUGUAACACUUGCAUGACUAAUUUCAGGUGGAAUACAGAAAAUGUAUUUUCUAAUGGUCAUAUUUUAUUUCAAUUUUGCUCUAAAUUGUACACUUUAAUAAAAAUAUUAUCUGAUAUUGAACAUAAAGCUGAUAAACGU